UUUUGUAGCAAAAAAAUCAUUUAGAUCAGCAAUGAAAUUGUUGUACCUCUCAGUGCUUUUGAUAUCAGUCAUGCACGAAGGCUAUGGGCAAUUGCCUCAGCCUGUGGCUAAUCAAACAACGAUGGUGCUAUACCUACAAGACUAUGCGUCUGGGCCUAAUGCGACAGUUGCUGCAGUGACUGGCAUCAAGGGAAAGGACUGGUCCUACAACACAUUUGGGACCAUAUUCGUGGUUGAUGACCCUGUCAUGAUGAGCCCAAGCCCAGGCUCCACAGUAGUGGGCCGGGCCCAAGGGCUGCUUACGGCUUCGGACCACGAGGGGAACAACGUGAACGUGGUGCUUUCGAUCGUGUUCACGAAUUCGCAGUACAGUGGAAGCUCGUUGGAGAUCCAAGGCGUUAGUCGUCAGCGUGAGAGUUACAAAGAGCUUUCUGUGCUGUCUGGGACUGGCAAGUUUCGCUUUGCCAGGGGCUAUGCUGCGUUGCAGACCGCGUUUUAUGAUCCCCCCACAACACACUCCGUCAUUCGUUUGACUCUAACCAUAUCACAAACUUGAGGAGAUUAAGAAUGUUAAAUAACUCAUGUGCCUCAUGCUUCAUUGUCUCUCAAGUCUCAAUAAUAAUAUAUGUAAAAUGGGCGUAAACGUGUGUCAACCUCUUUUCAACAAUUGAUUUUAUUCAGGGUUUCGAAUGAAGCAUCA